UCGGGCUUGAAAACACUGCAUUCAGACCAUCUUGUUCUUCUUGUCUUAAACUCACAGAGCUCUCCACGAUCCCCUUGGAAACAAACUCGCAACAAUAAAAAAAAAAUGGAGAAGAAACGUGAAGGAGUAAUCGAAAGAACGAGCCAGAUCGUAUCAGAUCCAUACUACUUCCUCCAUUUCAUGGCCUUCUUCUCCUACCUUCCGAUCCGAAGCUCCAUCGCACACUACACAUCUCACCGUCUCUUCGACAGAGAAGUCCAAGCCUUUCUUGCUUUCCUCAUGUUCUCUGCUAUAAAGAUGGUUAGGGAGGAAACAUGGGAGGCUUUCGUUGCAGAUAGCUUACUCUAUGCUAAGAUCUUUCUCAUUGGUGUUUCGUUGGUUAUGGAUUAUCGUGUUGCGGUUUGGUUCUCUGUCAUCUUUUCAGUUGUAUAUCUUUUAGCUCAACAGCCAGCGUUUAGUAAGUUAGGAACUGCAAAGAAGCUAACACCUAUGCAGUUGGAGGAUUUGCUAUCAGAUGGGACCACAACUAAAUACUGGUUGAUAGAAUUCUAUGCAUGUAGUUCAUCCAAGUGUGUUCGUUCAAGCCGCUGCUUUCCAGAGCUCUCCAUCACGUACUCGAAUAAUCUCCUGUCUUUUGGAACCAUCGAUCUUGGACUUUUCCCUAAUACUGCAGCAAAGUUUGGAAUAUCUCUUGCCGGUGGAAUGUCUCAGCUUCCUACAUACAUAUUGUUUGAAAAGGGUGUAGAAGUUUCUCGGUUCCCAGACUUUUAUGUUGACGCUACACCGUCUUUACCCAUAACCAAGAAACUUCUGUGUCAACAUUUUGAGCUUGAUCGGCUUCUGCUUGACUACAUCAACGGAUCAUAGCCAAAGAAAACGAUUAUAGACGACGGUUUGUAGAUGGUUCCACGUGAAAAGAGAAGUAUGUACCAUCGCGCAUAUAAGAGGCAAACAUUUUGGUCUCUCGCAUUCGUUUUUAUAAAGGGCAUUUUUUAGUGAGGCGCCCCUGAGUAAACGAUAUACUGUUUUUGUGUUAUAGAGAGAUAAGAAGAUUAUGCUAAAAAGUUCUUGAAUUUGAUUAAUGUUUAAUGAAAACUUCAGAGUUUUUAGUACCUUUCGUUUUCAGUAAGUUUUUUUACUCUUUGCUUGAAGUGCUUAUAAAACAAAACCAUCAUAUAUUUACAUUGGCAGAUUGUGGAAGAUGGUUGGAUAUAUUUGCAUAAACAGCCAAUUUUGAUGUAAUUUUGCAAUUGUAUUCAAUUAAUUUGACCAUUUAUUUUGUGACAGUAUGAUCUUAUAUUUUUUGUAUAAAU